GUGAAGCCUCUGCUGCAGGUGACCAGGCAGGAGGAGGAGAUGCAGGCGAAAGAUGAGGAGCUGGUGAAGGUGAAGGAGAAGCAGACCAAAGUGGAGGGAGAGCUGGUGGAGAUGGAGAGGAAACACCAGCAGCUGGUGGAGGAGAAGAACAUCCUGGCAGAGCAGCUGCAGGCAGAGACCGAGCUGUUCGCAGAGGCGGAGGAGAUGAGAGCUCGCCUGGCGUCCAAAAAGCAGGAGCUGGAGGAGAUCCUUCAUGACCUGGAGUCCCGGCUGGAGGAGGAGGAGGAGAGGACGCAGGGCCUGCAGACCGACAAGAAGAAGAUGCAGUCUCACAUCCAGGACCUGGAGGAACAGCUGGACGAGGAGGAAGCUGCCAGGCAGAAGCUGCAGCUGGAGAAAGUGACAGCUGAGGCCAAAAUGAAGAAAUUUGAGGAGGAUAUUUUACUGCUAGAAGACCAGAACUCCAAAUUUCAGAAGGUGAGACGAGAGACUCUGAUCGACUCUCACAAUCCCCAAAAACUCUUCAGCUAAACUGCAGUAAUAAAGUGAUAAAGUACAGCUAAAAGUGACGUUACAGGAACACUACACCCCACAAAAUCAAUCAUUAAAUAAUAAUAAUGACUUUAUUUGUAUAAAGGAAUUAAGAUCAAAUGAAUAGGACAGACUUACACACAUUAUUUUAUUAAUUUUAAUUAUUUUUAAUAGCACAGGUUAUAAAGUGAUAC